UGUCCCAAGUCAGUGCUGUCAGAGGUGGCUGCAGAGCAAUGCAGUGCAAUGCAAUGGGACGUGAUGCGAUGCUGGGGAUGGCUGGGCUGGACGUGCUGCAGCUUUUUGGACAAGAGGAGGGAGAUGCUUCUCACAGCCAAACCUGACGUUCCCCAGUGGUGCAUCCCUGCUGUAAGAACCCAGAAAUCAUCUUGCAGUGCAGCCCAUGCACUCUGCAAAGAGGUCUGGGGGUGUGAGAGUGGCGUGGGGGCCCUGCAGGGCACAGAGUUGCAGUGGGCUUUGAGGACUCCACCUGCCUUACUUACUCGUGAGGCUCAAGGGGAGCAGCCCAAGCUACGCAUCAAGUAGUUUUUGAAGGACAAAUGCUCCAAAUGUAAUUGUGAUGGAGAGCGUAGAAGUGCAUGAAGAGCACAGAUGUUGUGUGAGUGCUCUGGAGCAGGCACUACCCAGAGCUGUGUGAGGAGUCUGUGCUGCUGUGGGAACCUCUCAUGUGAGCACAAUGCAUUACAGCAGAGCGCUGCUUGCUUUUCUCAUAGUAUAUUUUGACAAAGAAAUCUGUACUUGAUUGUUUUGCUUUGUUUUAAACUUGUGGUUGAUAUAAACACAUUAUGGCUUCUGUUCUCUCUCUUCUGUGAUUGGAGCAAGAAAACCUCUCAAUAAAAUGUUUUUUUUUUUUUUCCCUUUCUUUCAAAGUUAUUUUUACUGUUGCCUUUUCUAUAUCAGUUGCAUUACUCGUGGUGCUCAGGGACGUGAUUUAGCAGAGGGUUGUUAGGGUAGUAUGGUUAGGUCAUGGUUGGACUUGAUGAUCUUUAAGGUCUUUUCCAACCUGAGUGAUUCUGUGAUUCCACGUGGCACCAACACCCACAGGUUCAGCACACUGUCUCUGCGGACACAGCUUAUCUGCGCUGCUGCCUGGCAAGGAGAGAUGCAAGAACUUAAAGCAUACAUCCACAGUGCUGAGACAGAGAAGUUCUGUCAGAGCGCUGCUGCUGGAAAGUGCUUUAUCUGCACACUAAUACCCCUGUUGCACACCAGCUAGCUCACGCCAGUGCAAACAAAGGCAGUGAGCUCCUUACAGCAAACAGUGCUGUCCGCAGGAAUUAUUUCUUAGAGAAUGUUGUUGCUGUCACUGAUUGCAAGGAAAGCAGGCACACACCUGAAACCCCUGUCCCAUUGGUCAGCCCUGGCUCCAGCUCUCAGGUUUUUCCAACCAGAGCAAUCGCCCAUCCUUUGAGAAAUGGCCAGCAGGUGUGGCUACAGCCUGGAGUUGGUCCCAGGUGUAGGGGAGGUUUGAUAGUGGGGAAGCAGGGGAGCUGCUACCUUCCCGUGCCCCUGGCCAGGGACAUCAGCAACAGCACGUGGUACCAUGAGAGCAGAUGAAAUCAUCUGACAUUGACCAGGAGUUGUUCACUGAGAGUUACUGCAGAGUGUGCAGCGCGCAGCUGAUAUCCGAGUCCCAGCGCGUGGCCCACUACGAGAGUCGGAAACACGCCAGCAAAGUUCGCCUCUAUUACAUGCUUCACCCCAUCGAUGGAGGCUGUCCAGCCAAAAAGCUCCGCUCAGAAAAUGGCAGCGAUGGUGACUCGGUGGAUAAGAACAAAUGCUGCACGCUAUGUAACAUGUCCUUUACCUCAGCAGUGGUGGCUGAAUCGCAUUACCAAGGGAAAAUCCAUGCCAAAAGGUUAAAGCUGUUGCUAGGUGAGCCGCCGGCACUGAAGGCCACAGAGACCCUGGGCUCCUUGAAGCAGCCCCGCGCGGAUCGGCCCCCAGCAGCGUCCCCACCGCAGCCACGCAGGGAUUCAGACCGCUACUGCCAGCUGUGUGCCGCGUGGUUCAACAACCCCGUCAUGGCCCAGCAGCACUACGACGGCAAGAAGCACAAGAAGAACGCGGCCAGGGCUGAGCUGCUGGAGCAGCUGGGGAAGACGCUGGACCUGGGCGAGCUGCGAGGCCUGAAGCGCAGCUACACAUGCAACAUCUGUAACGUCACACUGAACUCCAUAGAGCAGUACCACGCGCACCUGAAGGGCUCCAAGCACCAGACCAACCUGAAGAAUCAGUAGCAGCACAUGGGAUGGAGCGAGGAAAAGCACUGAGCCCCCACCUGCAGGGAGGAAGGCUGCUGUCCUGGACGUCGAUGUGGUGCCUGGCUGACUGACACGUGAUUAACCUCGCUUUGGACAGACAGACAGACAGAUACUACUAUUUUUUUUUUUUUUUUUAAUUUUGUGGUGAGUUAAAAUAUUUCAAUGGAUUUUUUUACCCUUUCAAGAUAAUAUUUAUUCAGCACAGAGUUUAGAGAAUGAUAACAGUCCUGUAAAUACGACGCUUCAUCACCACCCAUCACCACAGACAGAGGAAAGGAACUAUUUUACUUUCUCAUAUUUAUUCUUAGAUUUCUUCCGAGAGCAUAAAAGCAUUCUAUUACGUGACCCACGGUAGUGAUGUAACCAGUCUCCAGCCAGAAAUAAACAUACUUCCUUCACCUCCUCCAGCAUGGUUUGUGCCGACAGCCAAAAGUGAAUGGCAGGGAUUGAAUAACGGAUGAAUGUUUUCCUUUCCUCUUUGUCUUCAGAGAAACAAACAGUUCACUGAGUGGAGAAAGCAAAAAUGAAAGCCUAGGAUCCUUUUCCUGCCGUUAGGACUGCUGAUGGGUGGAUGGGAGCUGUCUGCUCUGCUGACUCUGGAUGCACACCGAUGCCCAACACCCCUCGCUCUGCAGCAGGGCGGUGGGUGCCGGGCAGGGAUGCUGCCAUGGAGGCUGCUUGCAGGACAUGGAUGCUGGAGCCCUGCGGGAACACUUCCCGGUGCCCACUGCUCCAGAGAGCCCCCCGGUCCAGUCUGAGGGCUGCACAGCCGGGGCCCCAUGGUGGGAAGUGGGUCCUUGCUAACAGGGAGGAAAAAGCCUCAAAGCAUUGGAAGGAAAACGAUGCAGCGGCCUCAGAUGUCCAGAGGAGUGCUGUGCGGAUCCCUCCUGGGUCCUCAUCUGCAGCUCAUCUGCAAGGUGUGAAUUCCUCACCUGUGUUGGGGUGAGCUGAGGUGUGAGUACCUACCCACUGGAAAUGAGGGGGUUUGAAAUGGUGUUAGGCUUUCUGCUGCAGUCAGCAGAGAGGGACCAGAUAUCUUGCCUAGGCUGCUGCAAUGCGAAGAACUGAGAUAACUAAGAUCAGAUUUCAAGUACGUCCUACAAGCAAAGCAGAGCAACCCUUGCUGUGCCCCGUGUUCUACCAGCUCGCUUAGUGCACUUUGCAUGCAGCGAACCUGUCUUGAGAAUGUUGAUAGAGAUUAAGCACCACCUCUUCCAGAGCAAUCUGGUUGGUUUAUAUAUCUGUAGUAGCACAAUCCUUCUGAGGCUGCCCAUUUCCCUGCUUCUGCAUCUCCGAAAUAACAGGCUGUGACAUUUCCUCUUUGAGCACGCUCAACCAGAGGCCGUCUGCUGUCUUUGGAAGGGAGUGGUGAUGCCUACAGCUCCAUCAGCUCACUUACCAGAAAUGCAGCAUCUCAAAGUGAGCGGUGCCCCUCUGCUGUUGGCUCUGUGUUGGGAAACUGAAUUUAAAACCCACAGGGCCUGCAGGUUUGUGAAUUCUCUGCCAACUGAACAAACUGUCCAUGGGUGUUUGAUCUGCGUCCUCCAUCCGCUUCUCUGCACACUGCUAAAUCAAAGCAAAGGAAGAACAUGCUGCUCUGCAUCGUGGUGUUGAGCAGUGCUGUCUUUCAGAUGAGGGGCAGUUGGGCACAUCGCCUGGAAACCUGCGGCUGUGGUGCAGAUGUCAUUUGAUGUGUUCAUAGCAUCACUGCUGUCACUGUGUGUCUGUGGUGUGGCUGCUGGUAAGUCAGUAGCAGAGGAUGCCGUGGGCAAUGCCUACUCAUGGAGGGACAGAAAACAGUGUCGCUGCUGCUGGCAGCUCUGCUCUUUGUGCCUCUCCUACCCUGGGAUGUUCGCUGCAGGGCUGUGCUGCUGCACCCAAUGGGCACUGCAAAGCUGCUCAGCUCUCCUCCCUGCUGGCAAUGCUGUGCCACUGGUUUUAAUUACUAUCUCACCUGGGACUCUGAAAUCCCUCACUACCUCGCUGCCUGUUUGAAGAAAACAAACCCUUUUUUGUUGGUGAAAAUAAUUAUUUUACCUUGAGAAGGCAAUUAAAAGCCUGAGCUCACCAGAUGUAUUUCUAAAGGACUCUUUGCAAAUCUUUGGGAGAGAAGAGAAAUAAUUCUCCUAAAUCAGGAGGCAGAUCAAUAACACACGUUGCUCUGCAGAAGGCCGUGUUUAUUUUGCCUGCCAGCAAUGAAACUCAAUAGACCCCCAGCAGUCGAAGAAGAAAUGAGACCUCUGUGGUUUUGCAUUGUGAGUUUCCUGUGUCUGUGUUUUUUGUUUUGCUCGUUUGUUUUUGUCAUAUGAAAUCUAUUGGCAAAUAAUGGGCAAUGAUCAGCACUUUAUUUUCAUCUGGCAUUUAAUCAAAGGGACGUGCUACAUCUGCACAAUAGCUGGGCUAAUUGCUCAACCAAACAGGACAAACCAUUGUUCAUCCUCAAGGCUGAUGGAAUAAAUAUGAAUAUCAUCGUGGUUGAUCACAGAGAUUACAAAGAAAAUGGGGCAAAGACCCCAUUCCCCUUUCUUGGCUGCAGCAGGUGGGGGGCACAGAAACAAAAUUCAGGUGGUGGAGGAGAACGACUGCAUUGCUGAGGAGGACAGGAGUGCAUCCUUACAGCGUGACCUUUGGUGCUGUCACCUCUUCCCUGACUGCUGCUGCACUUCUGCCUUCAGCUGUGCAGAGGGAAAGGUUGGAAAUGCUGCAGAAUGGAAUUGUUUACUCUCCGGGGUCAGUAGAAGUACUAAAGAAGCUCUACAUGAUUAAUUUGUGCUCUUGCAUCAAUGCCUUUCAUGUGUGCAGGAGAAUGGGCUCUUUGCAGAUGAGUAAGCAUCUCCUUGGGUUCCAUAGCUAUGGGGCUCUUUCAUUUAUCGUGGUCUGGGUGAUAAUGUAAGGCAGUGUUUCUGAAAGUAAGCUGCCUCUUUACAGAGGGAAUGUGGUACAGAAAUAGAGCACACCAUUCAGGUGGGUGGGGAAUUUUUGGAGCUCCUUCCCCCCAGACUCCCACAGCCCUCCUUCUCCUCCUCCCAUUUUGUGCUCAGGGUGCUGCAGAGGUGAUGCUGCCAGGAGAAAGGAGGAUUUCCUAACUCGUGUGCUCAGGUAAUCACAGUGAGCUAAUUGCAGCAAAUUAAUUACAGCACAAGCACAACUCCUUCUCCCGGGCAGGUGUGCAGAGAGCUCUGCUCCUGCUGCAGUGUGCUGGGCUGAGCAGCCUGGACGGCCCUCCCCAGCUGUGCUGCCUGCCUGCAUGGAAGCAAUGGCCGCAGGCUUUGGUCCCUAAAUCCUUCUAAUCUCUUCCUUUUCUGAAGUUCAUUAGGCCUUCAAAGCAAGACAUAAAAAGACAAAUCUCCUGGUGGGAAGUCAGCAAUCCCUGCAGAACUGCCUCCAGACUGCGCGCUUCGCUCUGAUGUUGAGAUGGGUACGGCACUCCAAGCUUAAAGGCUGUGCAGAUAUAUCUGGGAACUUUGGCAAUGGAAGCAGUGAAACCCUCACAUCCCCGGAGGUUGGUUUAAAUAGAAGGGUGAAGACUUUUGCUUAUAAUUUCUUCAUUAAAACCACGCAGGCUGCAUUUGUCCUGCAGCACAGCCAUACCUUGCAGGAUGUGAGUUUGCUCCGCUCAAACUUUUUCGCAGCUCAAAAUUCCACGUCAAGGAGACUGUAAAGGUAAUAACCAUCAGCCUGGCUGCGUCACACUCACACACAUUCCUGCCGAGCAGUGCUAACGGAGCACCGCUGGUGGCUGGUGUGAUUCUAGCACCAGAGCUGUGAUCCUGUAGAUGUGUUCUGCUCAAGUUCUGUAGCACACAGCAGUACCGUUCCUCAGGCUGCAAUGUCUCAGAAGGCCACAGCCUGCCCUCCUGUGCUGCUCUAUGCUCAGACACAUCACAGCACAAAUAAUACAUGUUUUCUUAACUGGCUUCCCAUGUUAAGGCAAUAAAGCUCUAUGGCAACAGUCUGUACAGUGACUCUGCCCUGAGGCACGCCACUUCAUAGGAAGAAAUUAAUCACGGGAGAAGAAUGCUCCCCGUGUGUAAAUGGUGCUUUCUUUGUUAAGUUCCUCUUGCAUCAGCCUCAUUAGCAAGCCUUGACCUUUAGAUCCACCUUCCCCACAGUUCUGUGUGUGAAAUCCUUCCUGCAGGCUGUGCCCGGCGCUCACCAUGGAUCUCUGGGUCCUUCUGAGCUUCUGGUCCUCUCCCACCACGAGAGCAGAUUGGAACCUCCGUGUUUGCUGCAGUGAGAGGCAGAGAGAACCCAAUUUGGUUGUUAAAUAUUUGUGAUCUAGAGGAGGAAAGAGCAAACAGGCAUUGACAUCCCAAUGUGUUCCCCACUUACAUUACUGCACUGAGCUCACUGCAAGACUUCAGGAUGCAUUUUUUAGUCUAUUUCCAGUGUCAGAAUGGGGAUGAUGGAGGUAUUCCCAAUGUUCUACUGAUGUUUCUCUUUGCCACGUGUGCUCUUCCAGGCAGCUACAGGGCUCUUAGGUCAGAGCUGUGUCCUGCAGAGCAGAGGGCUCCAUUUGCAGGUCCCUACCUGGGGGUGUUGCUGUGCUGAUGCACUGCUGAUGCCCACAGCUCGCCGGCCCUGUACGGGCUUUGCCAUACCAGGGCUGGAAAGUUUCAGCAGCGGCCCCUCUGUGCUCUGCUGCUCACUAAUGGAGCCUCGUGGUGUGCUCGUACAUCUCUGACAAUAGCCUUUGUCUAAUACGUUUUUAAUCAGUGUGUGCAUUUCAAUUUGCAUAUUAAUAGCAAGGAGAUGUUAUUGUACAGUGCUGUUGAUGAGGCGGCUGUCAUGCUCAGCCUUCAAGCUGAGCAGAGAAAGAAAGCACAUCUAUUGUACAAGAGGUGCAAUUGCACAUGUUUUACCAUCCACCAUUCUCUAUUUAUCUCUGCCUUUCGUUUUCCUUAAUAGCUCAGAUGGGUGUGUUCUUUUUUCUGCUUUUUUUUUUUCCCAUGAACAAGCAUCAUUUAAAGGGAUUUUGUGACUGUUGUGACAGCUCCAAGCCAGCCUAAAUAUCACAUUUCUACUGGACGUUUUUGACUUGCAAAGUGGCAAAAGCUUGAUUUCUUUCUGCUUAUCCCCUUUCUCAGCUCUUCACCUGCUGUGUCAGAUGGCACUGACACUGUCAGUGCUCCGGAGUUUCUGCAUGUUGGUUUUGCUCUUCACCUUCCUCCCCACUGGGCUCAGCAGGAAAAUGGCCUCAGGGCAAAAAGCCAAGAGUCAAAGGAGAGAAAUUCAAAAGAGAAACGAAGGAAACUGGAAUCAGAGGAAAAAAAUCCAGAGGAAAAAGUGCAUCCCCAGCAGCCUGGCCGUGCUAAUUGCUGUUGGAGCUCCCUGGCAGGUGGAGGAAAAGCAAAUGUUUUGGCCAGCAUGGGCUGGGUGCCGAGGAGCCUGCUGGGUGCUGCUGGGACUGAGCAGCCGUGUUCAGCCCGGCCUGCUUUUAGCAUCACUACAUUUCCAACAUGCUCUCCUAAUCCGGGAUCAAAGCACGCAGUCAGCAGAAGGCAUUUGGAGGGAGAACAGUGCUGUUUUCCAUCCGUUCCCCUCUGCCAAGAAAGCUGUUCUUGCUGAGGAGCUCCCAGCACGGGUUAUGGGAUCACACCGGCUUCUGGGAGUUGAUCUCUGCCCUCCUGCAAGGAGCAGAACACAGGGAGAGCCCCGUGAGCAUCCCCUGUGCUGCACAGAACGGCAGCGUCAGGCACAGAACCGCAGAGCAGAGCAGGCACUGCUCACAGCGCUGUGCAAACACUGAGCGACAACAUUUUGGAAGAGGAGCCUCCCCGCGAGAUGGGAGGCAGUGCAGAAUUAGGGGUUUUCAAUCACAGCGGCUCCACGAGAAAAGAAAUGCAGCUGCUGCUCUGAAAUCGGUCUGAAUCCUGCAGACAGCCACUGCCGUGCGGGACAAAGUGCUGCCAGGUGGGAGAAAUCCCCGUCAGCAUUCGCUGCAGGGAAGGUGGAUGGAGUAAUGAGAGCGAGCAGAGGCGUGGGAUGGAUGUUUCACUCCAGAGCUCCAAUCCAUUUAUAUAAUCAUAGUUGUUAUCGCAGUAAAUGUAAAUAACUGAUUGAGUUCAAAUGUAGUGUUUGACAACGCUGAUUCUUUGUGAGUACACACUGAAUUCUUGGAGAAUUACUUUAUUUCAUCAGACAGACCCGCAAUGUGUUCAACAGCCCUUUAGGCAUUUAGGUUGGGCCGUACUCUGUGAUUUUUCUUGCUCUCCAAAGCAUAAAGCCUCUUACAAGUUCAUGUUUUAAUCAAUUGCUUGAAUCAAAGUAUGUGGCAGUUUGGCAGCUUGCCCUUUGCUGCAUUGCUAUAGCUGCAAUAAUAGCAAUAAUGAUAUCAUGAAAAUACAAAAAGGCUGCUUUGCACCUUGUCAGCCCACGGCAAUGAAUAACCAGGAUGACCUUAAUUUGUUUUCUAUCAGAUGUGUUGGCCCACAACCUUCAGUAGCAUCCAAGAUAGGCAUCGGAGCUGCAGCCCACCUCCCCACGCUAAGCAGCAGCCUCCCUAAUUAGCCUGUGUGCAUCACAGCAGCUGCUGCUCUGGUCAGGGUCACGCGAGGGCUUCACCCCGUGCAGUUUCUGCUCUGUGCAGGAUGGAUGCUGCGCCCUGCAGCCAGGACAGAGCAGGACAGACCCCGCUGUGGUGGUCCCAGGGCUCUUUGCAGGGGGCUGUGGUGGCCAAACUGAAGUGAGAUCGGCACUGUGGGGACGGAGGGGGGUUUCAAAGGCCUGGAGACAGCUGCAUUCAGAAAUAGAUCAGAGCAGCACUUCCAUCCAAAAGGGAAAAAUAGUAAAGAGUGGCUUCAAAAUAGCGCUGUCCGUGACAUCCCACUUGUGCACGCUUUUAAUGAGGCUGGUGCUGGUCUUAACAGGAGGAUGGCCUCAAUUCCAUUAUAGCUUUGUGCUAUUGAUACAAUGCUUCUCAUAAUGAGGGCGUUAUUAUCUUUGUUGGGAAAUGCAGAAUGCAGCAGAUGCACGGUGUUAAAUAAUGACAAAGAGACUCAGCAGGAGCCAGGAGCAUGGAUGGUGCCCUGCUGGGGACGAGGGGGCCCUCGGAUGGACACUGCGAGGAUGUGCUCUGUGCUCGUCCCUGCAGAGCAGGGCAUGGAGAUGUCUGAGCUGCUGGGUGCUUCGAUUCCUCUGCUGGGAGAGGGCUCCUGGGCUCCUGCUUUGGUCGGUGCCACGGGGCUCUCUUCCCUCAGUCUGCCCUCGGGGCCAAUCGCUCACAUCCAUGCCUUCAGUCACUUCUGUAGGUUUCAGCAGUGUGCACCUUUGGCAAGGUCUGGCCUGAGCCCAGCUGAGCCUCUGUACCACCACUGCCACAGCUGCCUCCCCCCGCCCUACUGUGAGUCACUUCCAAAGACACUUUUAGUUCAUUAAUGCUGAGAUGCAUUAAAAUGAACCUCAGUAAAAUGGCAAUGCUGAUAAAAGCAGCCCCCAUCCUCCACCCACUCCAUGCCCCAGUUGCUCAGGUUCGUUUCUGUCUUUGAAUCAGACAGAGGGAAGCUCCAAUUUUCUGCAAAAUCACGUCUGGGUCCCAAAGGGAGCCUGGAGCAGACACACAGUUGUUGUGCUCCUGCAGGGACACUGAGGGCUGCAACUGGAAGCAACAGAUUGCUCUGGGGGCAGUGGCUUUGGGGGUACAUUGGCAUGUAGUGUGCAGUCCUACACAGCCCCAAGGAGUGUAUUUGUGCUGGUGAUGGCCCAACUUCGGGAUGCAUUGUAUGGAACAAGACCAAUCAGUAACUCAAUGACAUAAGGUUUUUAGCACCAAUGAGCUGGAGAUGGUGAUCAUGGGAUGUUAUUCCAAGAGGAAAAGUCAAAUGGAAAUGGAGGAUAAGUAUGCAAGAACUAAAGCAAAGCAACUUGUUGGGGAGACCAAAGCCACCACUGGGAUAAAUCCUUAUAGAACAGAGCUGAAGAGCCAGAUGAUGACGUGCUCUUUCCGAGUGAAUUUUCUCAGGGGCAACGAGGCACAGCUGAUGAGCAGGGCAGCAUAAAUCAGCAAAGCCUCCAAUACAGCCCAGCUGCACUGAUGUGACCAGAAAGCUCCAUCAAGCUAUUAAAUCAUUUGCACAAGACAAGCAGUCAAGCCCUUCUUUACCACUAGCAACCAACAUUCUGGUAAAACUCAUCUUUAUUUUGCUGUUGUCCUCAGCAUCACAUCGGUGGCCACUUAACAAUAAGUGCCUACAGGCCCUGAAAGCAAGAAGGCAAAAUCAGCAGGAGCACAGCUGGCAGGAGCUGAGCAUUUCUGUGGGGCCUCAGACAUAGGGAGUGUGGGCUGUGGGGCUCUGCCUGCAGACUGUGAUAAUGGGAACAGGGACUGUGGGAGUUCCUGCUGACUUUCACCUGCAUCAUCAGCUCUGUGUAAAUCUGUUAGUUGUGGUGGUGGUGAUCUGAGAGUGUAGGCAAAUUAAGGUUUGUGGCAAAGAACAAAACUUUUAGCAAAACGCACAGCUAUUUUUUUUAUUAGAGCAUCCAAUACAGGUAGGACAUGGACAAGCUUUAGGGCAAAGAGGCCCCACAGGACUUCCCUGGGUGUGAAACAGAAACAAAAAGCUUCAAGGAAGAUUCAGGCUGGAAAAAACAUUCAGCUUCAGUUUAACAUAAUUAUGACAACAAAUUAGAGAGUUAGGAGGCAAAUCUGCCAGUAAGCACCUGUGAAAUCAGCCUUCAUAACCCUUGUGUAUCAGUUCAAAUCUGGGAUAUUGGAAUCCUGUUACAGCCAUCACCUGAUUUCCCAGUGUUUAAAAUGCAUUUACUGUUUUGCAAGGGACACACAAGUAGGAACUGUCACCUGGCAGAUGUGGGUUGCCCAUGCUGUGAUCUGCCUGUGGGGCUUUGCACAGUCUGUUGUUUGUAUGGGGCAGCGCCCAGCCCGGCUACUUCUGUUCCAAGAACAGCAUCUCUGUGUAUGUCCCUCUUCUGAAGCAAGCACAAUCAGAGAUGUAUUUCAAAAGGAAUGUUAAAAAUAAAUAAUCUGCAAUUCA